CAUCACUUCAUCCCCGACACUCGCUCUUCCAUCUGCCAAAUCUUUGACCGUGUGGCCUCGAAUAUACUUGAUGCCAACUUCGCAUGGGUAGAUAAUCCCCCAAUAUCUUGCGCUAGAGAACCUGGUUUUGUGACAGUCUAUCUGGACGACUGAUACACGGAAUGAAGAUAUCUGCGGCUCAUGAUUAAAUGCGAGUUACUUCAAAUAUGCGAGCCUUUAUCAAACGCAUUCCUCUUAGUUUUAUUUCUCGAUCUGCCGGCCCGCCUGCAUUCGCCGUUCUGCCGCCGGGGCGCAGGCUUCCUCCCAGGAACAGUGUCCCUCGCUGGAUAUAUGGGAGCACAUCAUCGACGUGCUCAGUCACGGAUGCAAGAUCCUGUUCCCGUGCAUCUAAAACCCCAUAGAUUGCGGCUCUACCGGGGCAUGCGCUCACCUGCACCCCUCUACAAAGCUCUUCUGUUCUCGCGACGUGUUCUCUUCGGCAUUAUACUGUGUAGCUCUCUUGGGAUAGUCCUGUUUGUCUUCGAACUCCAGAUUUUGGCGGAUCCGCCCGAUCUCACGCAGAGUCUGGAUGAACGUUAGCGUCCUGACCUGCUGACCGUCCC